GGUAAUAACUCCAUGGUUGAAACUUGAGCCCCCCACCACUCUCACCUUGGCACAUAGUCUCUACCCUAAUCAUAGUCCCUCUUCUUCUUCUUCUUCUUCUUCUUCUUUGUGAGUGGUGGUGGUGGUAGAGAAUAGAUACUGGUGAGUGGGUGGGUGUCUCGCUCCUCAGUGCUUCUGCAGAAAAGGAGAAAUGGCUUCAGAGGAUGGCAAAGAUCAACGACUUGAAAGAAUUGCUUCUGCGAUUCGAGUCAUCCCGGACUUCCCUAAGCCAGGCAUCAUGUUUCAGGAUAUAACGACUCUGCUUCUUGACCCUAAGGCAUUUAAGGAUACCAUUGAUUUGUUCGUGGAGAGAUACAGAAGCAAGAACAUCUCCGUUGUUGCAGGAAUUGAAGCACGAGGUUUUAUAUUUGGGCCUCCUAUUGCCUUGGCUAUUGGAGCAAAAUUUGUCCCUAUGAGAAAACCCAAUAAAUUGCCUGGGGAGGUUAUUUCAGAAGAGUACUCUUUGGAGUAUGGAAAAGACAUAAUGGAAAUGCAUGUAGGAGCUGUACAGGCAGGAGAACGUGCCCUUGUUAUUGAUGACCUUAUUGCAACUGGGGGUACCCUGUGUGCAGCAAUCAGGCUAUUGGAACGUGUUGCGGUGGAGGUGGUUGAGUGUGCUUGUGUCAUAGAAUUGCCAGAGCUAAAGGGUCGGGACCGACUAGGAGACAGACCAUUAUUUGUCCUUGUAAGUGCGGUUUAAUGGGAGUUUGUAGUAGACCUUUGAUGUUGAUCACUGUCAGUGCCCCACUUUAAGUUGAGGAGAACUUGAGAAGAGAAGCCUGGUAAUGCUUAUUUUAAACUUGAAAACAGAUGGUUGAUAUUCAAGUCAAUAUUUGAAAAUGACAAUAAAUGGGACCUGGAG